UUUUAUCACUGAUUUUUAUUCAUCUAUAAUUUUUUAUGUAUACUUCCAGAAUUAUAUUUUACGGGGAUUUAUUUUUCUUAACAUGUAUUAUACGUUCAAGUGUAAUAAGUGUAUACCUUAAAUCAUUCCAAUAUUUUCGCUUUAAAGCGUUAACAAACAUUAGGUCAUAACUUCUAGUUAUCACUAAACAAACUUUUGUGUAGUACUUGUGAAUAACUGUAGUUAUAGUUUAGUAUUUUGUGAUAUUUCUUAUCGUGAAGACGUAUACAGGGAAGUAAGAAAAUGAAAUUUGCGGAGCACUUGAGUGCACAUAUAACGCCGGAAUGGCGAAAACAAUAUAUCAACUAUGAGUUUAUUUCAGGAAAUGAAAGCAAUGUUAUACACAGCAGUGGAGGAGGCUCCAUCGGCAGAGAAUGUGGAACCUGAAGUAUUAUCGAGACAUUUUGCAAACUUUGAUGAGACUUUCUUUCACUAUUGUGAUCAGGAACUUAAGAAGAUUAAUACUUUUUACUCAGAGAAACUGGCAGAGGCUACACGUAAAUUCGCAACUUUACAGAGCGAACUCAAAUCGCAAUUCGAUAUGAUGAAGCCAAAAAGCGGAGGCGACAGCAAAAAGGCGAUUCCGCGCAGGAAAGUACAGGAAUUGAAACUGGCGUUCAGCGAAUUCUAUCUCAGUUUGAUACUACUACAGAAUUAUCAGAAUUUAAAUUAUACUGGCUUUAGGAAGAUAUUGAAAAAGCAUGAUAAGUUGUUAAACGUUAGCAAUGGUGCGCUGUGGCGAGCGGAACACGUGGAAUCAUCCCACUUCUAUACAAACAAAGAUAUUGAUCGACUGAUCAGUGAUACCGAGGCUACAGUAACUAAUGAACUGGAAGGAGGGGAUAGGCAAAAAGCCAUGAAGAAGCUAAGAGUACCACCGCUAGGGGAACAACAGAGCCCGUGGACUACAUUCAAAGUGGGCCUGUUCUCUGGAUCGUUUAUAGUAUUGGCUAUCACUGUGGUUUUGUCUGCUCUAUUCCAUGAAGGUGCGACGGAAAAUUUCAAAACAGCAUUCCGGUUAUACCGCGGCCCAUUCCUUUUAGUACAAUUUAUAUUCCUGAUAGGCAUCAAUGUGUACGGCUGGCGGUCAUCUGGAGUCAAUCAUGUCCUGAUCUUCGAAUUAGAUCCGAGGAACCAUCUUUCUGAACAGCAUUUGAUGGAAUUGGCAGCGAUAUUCGGUGUUGUGUGGGCACUUAGUAUACUAAGCUUCAUAUAUAGUGCAAGUUUGAGUAUACCGCCGUUUGUAAACCCGUUGGCGCUUGUUAUUAUAAUGAUAGUGUUCCUUGUGAAUCCAUUAAAAGUGUUCAGACAUGAAGCUAGAUUCUGGUUCUUGAGGAUAUGUGGUCGUAUUCUAGCGGCUCCGUUCAUGCCAGUGCUGUUCGCGGAUUUCUGGCUGGCGGACCAAUGGAACUCUUUUGUUACCGCCUUCUUGGACUUUCAUUAUCUCAUUGUCUUCUAUAUCGCCGGCGGAGAUUGGUUUAAUGUCAAUGAUUCAUUCGAAUCGGAGUCGUGGUUUAUAAUAUCUCGUGCGCUGGUGAACAUAGUGCCGGCGUGGACUCGCUUCUGGCAAUGUCUGCGGCGCUACAGAGACAGCCGGGAGGCGUUCCCGCAUUUGGUUAACGCGGGGAAGUACUCUACCACUUUCUUUGUGGUACUCUUCGCUACGUUACGGACGAUGUAUAGCCAAAAGUACGCAGACCCGUAUGAGAAUCCGUUCUUGUACGCGUGGUUCGCGUGCCAGCUGACGUCAUCGCUGUACACUUACACGUGGGACGUGAAGAUGGACUGGGGUCUCUUUAGUUGCGGACCCUCCGCGGAGAAUAAAUUCCUUAGAGAAGAGAUCGUGUAUAGUCCUGGGUUCUACUACUUCGCGAUAGUAGAGGACUUUGUGCUUCGCUUCGUGUGGACAGUGUCCUUCGUGCUGACGGAGAACAAACUCGUCAGCGGAGAGACUAUGGUCUCUAUACUGGCACCGCUAGAAGUCGUCAGACGUUUCAUCUGGAACUUCUUCCGCCUGGAGAACGAGCACCUGAAGUUAACAAAGAAGAAACAUCCAAGGAAAGUGAAAGAGAACGACAGAAGACCGCUGCUGAAGAAGGAAUCAAUCCAGGAGCUGCAGCUGGACCUGGAUUUGAGCACUAAGAUAUUGUAA